CCGCUUAGGCCAAAAGGCAUCCCCACCAACCCAACCGCCGCCGCAGCCGUAUUAGCGUCUGGGAGACGUUUGUGACGUCAUCCAGGCCCUAGCCAAUCAGAAGGCGAGGAACCCCAAUCCGCUCACGUUUGAAUUUGGUGGCUGGCGAAACCGAUCGAGCUCAGAGGACUAGGCGCUGAAUGAGGAAAGCAAGAGGGUCCGAGGCGAAGAAGCUGGAUUUACCUUACAUGAGAAGUGUUCAUAAUGUCUACUACCAUUCAAGAAGAUGUCUGCAGUCAUGUGAAGGUAGUGGUCCGUGUUCGUCCAGAGAGUCAGAAGGAGAGAGAUGGCAACUUUGUCAAAGUGCUCCAGGUUGUCGAUAAGCAUAUUUUGGUCUUUGAUCCCAAAGUGGAGGAAGUCAGUUUUUUUCAUGGAAAGAAACAACCGUACCGUGAUUUGAACAAAAGACAAAAUAAGGAUCUGAAAUUUAUGUUUGAUGCUGUCUUUGGGGAAGAUUCUUCACAGCUGGAAGUCUUCAAAGAAACUACCAAAACAGUACUGGACGGCUUUUUAAAUGGCUAUAAUUGCACAGUGCUUGCAUAUGGUGCAACAGGAGCCGGAAAGACUCACACGAUGCUGGGCUCCCCUGAGAAUCCUGGAGUGAUGUACCUGACCAUGAUGGAACUUUACAAUUCAAUUGAGCAAAUGAAGGAGGAAAAGCACUGUGCUAUUGCAGUAUCCUACCUUGAGGUCUACAAUGAGCAGAUACAUGAUUUACUUGUAAAUUCAGGAGCAUUGGCAGUUCGAGAAGAUCCUCAGAAAGGUGUCGUGGUUCAGGGAUUAACUUUGCAUCAGCCCAAAUCUGCAGCGGAGAUCUUGCAAAUGUUGGAUUAUGGAAACAAAAACAGAACACAACAUCCCACUGAUGUGAAUGCCUCCUCAUCUCGGUCCCAUGCUGUCUUUCAGAUUUAUCUGAGGCAACAGGAUAAGACAGCGAGUAUUAAUCAAAAUGUUCGUAUUGCCAAAAUGUGUCUCAUUGACCUGGCAGGAUCUGAACGUGCCAGUGCCACAAAGGCCAAAGGAGCUCGCUUCAGAGAGGGGGCAAAUAUUAAUCGCUCAUUGUUAGCUCUUGGCAAUGUCAUUAAUGCUCUUGCAGAUCCAAAGAGUAAGAAACAGCACAUUCCUUAUCGGAACAGUAAGCUUACUCGUCUAUUGAAGGAUUCUCUUGGUGGAAACUGUCGUACUAUAAUUAUAGCUGCUGUUAGUCCUUCUUCUCUCUUCUAUGAUGACACAUAUAACACUCUUAAGUAUGCCAGCCGAGCCAAGGAUAUCAAAUCUUCUCUGAAGAGCAAUGUUGUCAGUCUGGACAGCCAUAUAAGUCAGUAUGUGAAGAUCUGUGAGGAACAAAAGAAGGAGAUUGAAACGCUGAAAGAAAAGCUGAGAGCAUAUGAGCUGAGUAAAGUGUGUGCUCCCAUUAAUCAUGAGACAGACAAAUUUACAACUCAACAACAGGUGGAGAUAUCAAGAAUGGCUAUAUACAUGUUUAAUAUAAAAUCAAUUCUCUUGAAGGAGCUUUGUAAAGAUCUGCAGUGCUACCAUUUGAAGUUAGAAGUUAAAGAUCUGAAAAGGCAGAUUAACUAUAUGAGGACUCUAGCAUCCUUACAAGAGCAGCAAUACAGACAGACAGAAAAAAUGCUAAGUGCCGCUCUUCCAGUUCUAAGAAAGCAAUAUGUUAAUCUCAAAAAUGCAGGAUUAGCAAAUGGUGUCACUGAAGAUGACUUCAGGGAGUUUGAACAGCUAAUUCAUAGAGAGAAAGCUGUAGUUUGGGCUGAUCAGAUGGGUGAGGAAGAACCAAAACAAAAUGAUCAGCCAAUGAUGUCUGCUGUCAUGGCAUUUCCGGAACUUGUGAGCUAUCAGAAUACUCCUUGCCGUACACCCUCAGACAUCUCAUCAGACAAAAUCAAGCUACGUGUACAACACAAGAUAGAAGAUGGAGUACCUCCUAACAAAAGAACGAGGCGGAAACUGAUGGAAUCUCCUCUGACAGAGCAAACUCCAAACCGUUCCAGUCAGCUGAGCCCUAAUCACCUGGGGGACUCUAUCAGCAAAGCACUCCAUCCCAUUGUAUAUACACCUGAGGCCUGUAGGAACCCUGUCAAGAAUUUGUAUACAAAAACUGUAGUAAAGUCAGCACUGCAUAUCACAAGCCUUCAAGAAACAAACAGCUGUACUGAACAAGGGCAAGAACCAUUAAAACAAGACAGCCCCAGGGACAUUACGCACCACAAGACUUCUGAGAGCCACUUAAACACAACGGUUACUCUUUAUGAAAGUAAUGACAAUAGUACAGAUUACCCUUCAGACGUAUCCAGAAACAACUCACAGCCAAGUAACAGUAGCAGUGUUUUACAAAGACUUGGCCUUCCUUCACUGUUAAAUAGACAACCAGGCCCCAUACACGAGAAGCCAUCUUAUAUGGCAAUGACAUCUGCUGCAGAGAGGAAAAGGAAAAUGUUAAGUUCCUCAUUGAGCAUUGGGUUAAAACACCACCAAGGUCCUACAGCUGCAAAACGUAUUAGACAAGAUGUCAUGUUAAGUAACAAACCUCUAAGAGUACCUAAAGACACAGGAAUUAGAACAAGAAGCUGGAAGCAACACAAUGCACUAAGAAGGCCUGUCAAAAGUAAUUUCAAAGAAAAUGUAGCUGUAGACAUAAAACCAGGGGCAUCAAAAACUGCAUUUUGAAUGGCUCAUUUCAGUUGAAAUUAAACAUUACUCUGUACAGAUUUAAUUUAUUAACAAGGGGGUAAGACAUGGACUUACCACUUUUCCUUUGUCUGUUUCCCCCUUAUCUGGGUGGUACUCCUUGGGAUAACAUAUUGCACUAAAAUGCUGCUUGAGAAAGCAUGUAAAAUAAAACUAACCAUUUUAAUAUACAAACAGUUUGGACAACAUGUCUGGACUUAUGGUUCACUAGCUAUUCUUACAUAUUUGGAAACCUUAUUAAACAUAACAAAUAUCACAUUAAAUUCUCUUCCUGUCAGUAUAUUUCAGCAAAAUAUCUCAUAAUAAGCAUGAUGUUGAAGGGCUAAAUACAUUGCUUGACUAGAAAUAUCCUAUUGAAUCCAUGGGAAAUAUGCGUUGACUUAUCAAGUUCCCACUGAUUCAUGGGUUGUAUUAUGUGGGGUUAUGGGUUGGGAUUUAUUAAUAAUAAUAAUUUGUCCCAAAAGGUUUAGGUUCCACUAUAGAAGAUGAAGGCAUCCUUGUAUUUUUCCUUUUAACAAGUGAGCAACUUCUUAUAUGUGUUUUCGGAAUGCAUGCUGACCUGUUAUUGCUGGGGUUGGGAAAAGCCCAAUCUGUAAACUGCUCUUCAAAGAGGAGAUCAUAGCCAUCUAUUUCAUGUUCUGUUAAAUUGGUUUGACUAGGAUUCCUAUUGAUCCAUCUUUCCUUUUUCAGUUUUUAAAAAAUCUAUUUCUGUUCAUUUCUAUUCUGUAACCUUGUUUCAUGUCUUUUUGUUCAUUUUAAUUAUUCUUAUCACACACAGAAUGUGCAAGAUAAGAUAAAGUGUUUUUAAAGAGUAAAAUGGUAGCUAGUGUUUAGUUUCCAACCUUUUACUUGACUUCCUGAGCAACUUGAAUGGAAAAUAUAUCAUUUAGCAUUAUUCUUUGUACUAGUCCCUCUAGGUCUCUCUCUCUCUCUCUCUCUCUGUCUGUGUGUGUGUGUGUGUGUUGGAGAGAGAGAGAGAGAGAGAUUAAUGAUUCUAAUUGUAAAUAAAGCCUUAAUAACCUAAACACAUUUACUGCCAUCCACCUGUAUCUUCAUCUUUCUGACUCCUAGAAUUACUAUGCUUUAAUAUUCAUUUGGUAUCACACUUUGGAUAUUAAAAAUUCUUGCCUCUAAUAUAGACAUGCAAGUCCUAGAGAGAAGGUAAGAUUUCUCCCAUCAGUUAAAGUUGGUCAAGGGAAUGUAUGCUUUCUUCUCCCAUUCAUUUUUGUGUUAGGAUAGCCUAAUUCAGCUUUAUUCCAAGUUAACUAAUAAAUCUGAUGCAUAGCCUGUUCAUUAUACUUCAGUAGAACAGGAGAGGCAAAACUGCUUAAAAGUUAGUAGUCCUUAAGGGAGGCCAUUUAUUGAUGCAGAAAGUUCUCAUCUGUUUGACGCUUUAGAAAGUCAAAGAAAACAGAAAUAUGCUUGCUUAAUGACUCUUUUAGGGACUCUGGAUCAUCCUGAGGAGAGCAUUCUGUAACCAGGGCAGACCUUCUCAUUACAGUCUGUUGCACCUCAAAGGUUUGGACAAAACAAAGAGUCAGGCUUAUGUGGAAAUAUAUAGUAUUUCAGGCACGCAGGUCCUAAAGUCAUACAAGCCUUUAAAGAAAUACACCAGCAAUCAGAACUUAGUCCAGAGAUGGACCCAGAGCUAAUGGAGUUAUUUAAGCAGUGAUGAGAUGUGAACUCAACACCUACUUCAACAGUAUCAUUGCAACAUUAAUAUUGUUCUGAGAUUCUUCAAAGGCAGCUCCAUGUUACAUGCAUUGCAGUAGUCUGAAGGAUAUGGAUCAUGGAUAAGAGUGUAGGCUAUCUCUCUUCAGAUAGAGUUGUCGUUCAUCAACCAGUGAAAGGCAGUCGGAGCCAUAUCAGGCCCUGAUCAUAUUGCUAGAUCAAAGCACAGCAAAUCUAUUUCAAGGACAGAGCAACCCCAUUCAAAACCAACACCAACAUC